AUGUAUACACAAUGCCUCUAUCGUAUAAUCGGACAGGAAUCUAACAUUAGAGUGCUUCAAACAUAAAAAAUAAUAAUGUGUUGUAUUUCGCUUUUAUUUACAAAAAUUUAAAACAAUUAAAUUUUUUGUGCUCAACGAAGAAUCAGACAAAUCAAAAUAGCACCACUAAAUAUAUAAAACGAAAGGAGUCAAAACUUAGUUGUAGCUUAUAAUCACUUUGAAACCGAUUUGACCAAAUUUUGCUCUAGCGCCGAAUCAAAGGAAUUCCAAACUUGUAGCUGAGGUAUUAAACCUUUGUGAUACACUAUUCUAGCUAAUUCUUCCAACAAAUGUUCGAUUACAUAGAGGUCAGGGUUCUGCACUGGUGUUUGUAUUAUUUUUGGGGCAGUUGUGUAUCAAACAAAGCCUUGCAGCACCCGAUUUGUGCUUGGGGUCGUUGUCUUAGUCUUUUUUUAUUGACGUAGACAACGUUUACGUGGUUAUAACCGAGUUUACAACACCGCGCCAGUUGUUUCUUAAUAGAAACAAAAGUUUUUGCGUUACACAACUUCUGCGCACUUUGUGAUCAAAUUCGGCACUUGCUUUACGCCACACAAACAUUUUGAAAUCUGAGCCAUGCAAAUUAAAUUUGCUUUCGUCAGUGAAAACUAUCAAAUAAAUGUGGUUUGAGGUGAAAUAUUGUGAAAUUAUAUGUUUCCAAAAGUCUUCUGAGUUUAGUAGAUACUCCUUAGCUUAUUUUAGCCUUUUGUUAUUUAAAAUGCUAAUGAAAGUUUUUUCUGGCAAUUCUACCAUGUUUAACGUAUUACGAACAGUAUUUAGGAAUAAAUCUUUUUCAUUUCGAAUAUUUAAAUAAAUUUUAAGUUCUUUUGCCGUUUUAAAAGGAUUUUUUGUGAGUUCUUUUAGUAUAGAAGGCUCUUCUCGUACUUCUCCGCUUCUAUUGGCAAAUCCGAACUCAUCAUGGAAUCUUUUGAUUAUGAUGCACUGUUGAUUUACAAAAUAGCGGCACUUUUCGCACUGCUAUUUUGAUCCGAUUAUUCGUUGAGUGCAUAAAAUUGAGUUAUUUACAUAUGCUUUUCUACGCAAACUUUACAUUUAUCAUAUGUUUUUAUUUUUUUUAUUGAUGAGAGAGAAAGGAUUAAGAAGUGUAGUGAAACAACACAUUCUGCUCUUGUGUUUUUAUGUUUGGAGCAUAUUCAUAUUAGAUAAACUCUUGUACGAUUAUGCAAGGGAGACACAGGGGGAUGACGGAUAACGGCAAUUUUUUAUUUUUUUAACCCUUAGUUGGUCAUUUUGGUAUUCGUAUUUACUAUAUUUAAUUAAAGUCGAUAAUCAGUUACAAACCAUUUUGCUCGAAAACAUUUUACCAUUUUGAAGGAACUUUUAUAAUGAGACUCUUAUAGAAAUUCUCGCCCCAAAGAAAAAGCUGAGAUAGUCAAUUUUUAUCAGCAAAUUCAUUCGCUAUAGAUAUUAGCAGGUUUUAACCAAUUGGUGUUAGUUCCUGACUGUCUCACUCUCAUCAUUCCGACUUCUUAGAGCGUAACCACGUAAAUUACAGAAAUAAUGAAUUAUUUUUACUAAACCUUAUAUGCCCAAAAAACUUAGCCCUUAUUUCACUUGAAAAGGGCAACAACUAACGAUUUUUUUCUGCAAACUACUAAUCCUCUUCAGAAUAAAUAUUUGGAAGUCAGUUAAUGUUCGAAGAAAAAGUAACGGACGAGAGCAGACUUUUGUCACCCACUGUAUGUUUUAAUGACUAUAUAAACUUUGAAUUAGAAAGAACAUAACUCAGAAAAACGUUCUUCGAUUGUUUUUAUUUACACGCUUUUGCUAGCUUCCAAAUACAUCUAUUUUUUAAAUAACAAAACGAUAUUAAAAACAUUUCAUUUGCAUAUUUUUUUUUUUCGUUUUAUUCACUAAUACACCAAAAAGCGUGAAUUUUUAGUUAAUUUUUCUUUCUGAAUAUUAAUGUUCUAAACAUAGCGAAAUUGUUCAAAUGUAGGGAAUAAGAUAUAGACUGAUUAUGGACGAAAGUUAUAUAUGUAUAUAUAUAUAUUGCUUGAUCAAAUGAAAAGAAGAAUGAUUUUAUUAUCAAUAUUUAUUUUUUAUUUUACAAAAAAUAUAAUUGAAUACAGGCUCUAAUUGAAAAAUCAAUACAAGUCUACCGAAUUCAUAAAAACUAAAAACAAAAUAUCUAAAGAAUUUUAUUAUAAACUUUCCCCGUUUGAAAUGCCGCAAAAAGUUUGACUAAAUCUGAUAUGAGCGCAAUUUCAAGCAGAUAAUUUUUUUAUUAACAUUUGAUUAUUAUAUUUGAUACCUUUUAUGAAAUUUUGUUAAAGCUUUAGUAAUGUUUAAAUUAAUCUUAUAGGGAACUAACGUUGUGUAUGUAUUUAUGAUGUUUUAAUUAUAAUAUAUUUAAUGAAAAGCGUGUAUAUAUGUACUUCUGGAUACAUGAAUAUUUAAUUGCCUAUAAAAAAAUACAAGAAAUAAUUCAAGUGAAAUUAAUUAAAAAAUGGAAAACAUGAAAACUGAAAUAAUACAAAUUUUUUAAUCACAUACAUAUACAUAUGCAUAUAAUUACCGUCAUGAAACAGGCAUUUUUUAUAUUCAAGUAGGGAUUAUUUACAUAGUAUAAUAUACCAUAUGUAUAUUAGAUUGAAUGGCCCGCAGAUAAUGGACAAUGCUUUAUUCGAGACAUAUUUAAGGAAUAUUCUAUGACGACAACAACAAUAAACACAAUAAUAUCAAAUUAAUAAACAUUCUUAUGUAGUUUACUUUAUAAGAAUAAAUAAAACGAAGAGAAAUGUAAUCAUAAAAGUAUAUAAUGAUCAUAAAUGAUAUGAAGAGAAUACUUUGGGCCUUCCCAUUAAAAAAAUGAUAGUGAAUUGUAUUUGUUCCGUUCCAUAAAAUGUUAAAACGUACCAUAAAUGAAAUAUACAAUGCGUAUAGGUCAACAAUUUUAAAUAAUAAAAUAUAUUUUAUAAAUAACAUAUGACACACAAAACUAUGCAACAAGACCAAAUGAAAUGGUUGGUCGUUUGUAGCUCAUACAUAAAUAAAUAAUAUAAUACUCGUAAUGAGCAAGAAUAAAAUAAAAAGUGUGAAAUAAGAAUACAAUUGAAUAAAUUUCUAUUCAAAAGGUUUGUUAUAUUAAACGAUUAUUGGAAGGGCCCUUAGUAUUUCAUAAACAUAUGUAUGUUUGCUGAACCUUUUAUGUACCUACAAUAUAAAUUGUAUUAUACAAGUAAUUUACAAGUAUAAGUAAGCACAUUUUAUUAUCCAUACAAUUUUUUGCAGUAUAAAAUUAAAAAAAUUAUUCAGUAAUAUAAAGUUAUACAAGAUUUCAUUUAUUUAGUAACAUACGUAUAAUGUCUGAGCACGAUCAUCUAUAUAUUAUAUUAUACAUAUGUACAUAUUUAAGUUCACAGAAAAAAAAUUAAUUAAUUAAGAAAUCACUAUGAACAGCAGCAGUCAGUUGUAGAAACUCAAUUUUUGGUUAUAAUUUGGUGUAUUUGUUAGAAAAUAUAUGUUUAAUUAUUAUAUAAACAUAUGUUACAAAAGUAAAUAUAGCUGAAAAUUUUGUAAAUUGCUGCAAGCACUUACAUUCGCUAAAAAGAGUUAAAAAUUCACACAUAUAUGUAUACCCAACAUAUUGUAAGUAAUUACAUUAAAGCGCAUCUAGAACAUUUGAAAAGUGUUGCAAUAGAUAAAAUUGUUACCAAAGUAAAACUUGUCUAUAUAAUCAUAUGACCAAAUAAAUUAAUCAUGUGUAGUGUGAAUGAUUAAUUGAUUAAAAACGAAUCUGGUCCAACAGGUAAGUGUGCACUUUACUUAAUUCCGAAUUUAUAAAAUGCAUUGUCCAACACUGCUCGACUUGCAAUUUUUGACAAUUCAGCAUUGUCAAAUAUUAACAGUUAUUUUCUUAAAUUUUUUAACCUCAUUACAUUUUUGCAGCAUCAAUUAAAGAAGUUUUUAAUUUAAUUUAUUUAACAAAAGUAAAAAUAUGGAAGUGUUUUUAAAUGAAGAGCUCACAUCUGAAGCAAAAAAGGAUAUACGUUAUGCAUAUCUGCGCGAGUGCGGUAUAACCGACAAGCUUAAUGACAUUUUUAAAAAAUUAUUACAAGCUGGCGUAAGGCCAGAUAAUCCGUUAGAUUUCAUACGCGAGGAAUUAGGUGAUAAACCCAUACCGACGGAAACUUUUGAAAAUAUGGAGCACGAGUUAGACGAUGCGCAUCGUGAAAUUCGUCGUUUACGCAGCAUAUUGAAAGAACUUGGCGUUAAUAAUCCGGACGAGCAAUUUCAUGACGCAGAAGCGGGGCCUGAUGAGUUUGACAAUGUAGCCAGUGAAUUUAACAAUUCAUUGACCAUUACGGAAAUUAAUGAUGAUCACACGGGCGGACAACAUACACAACAGACUAGCUAAGCUAUAAUAAACUUUAAAUACAAAUGGAUAUUUUUAAUAUUGCUGAAAAAAAUAAUGUACAAAAGUCAGUGCAGUACUCAAAUGAUGGCGUCCAAAAAGCAAAUAAAGAAAAUAUUUACCAAAGUACAACAUUUAAA